AUGCACUUUCCUUUUAAUAUCAUUCAUUUUUUCUUUCAUUCUUUAUGUUAUUCAUUUCCUUUCUAUCUUUCGGUAUUUCUUCUCUUAAUCCAUUCAUUUUCAGUCAUUCUUUCGAGCUCUCUUAAUGUCAUUCAUGUUCUUUCUUUCUUAAUGUCAGUCACUUUCUUUCUUAAUGUCAUUCUUUUCAUUAUUUAUUUAUUUCUUAAUGCCAUGAAUUGGAUGCUUAAUAUCAGUCAUGAUAUUUGUUACUUUCUUUCUGUCUUUCUUAAGGUUAUUCAUUCUAUUUCUCUCUUCCUUCCUUCCUUCCUUCCUUUCUUUCUUUCUUUCUUUCUUAAUGACAUUUAUGUUCUUUCAUUCUAUCUUUAUCUCAUUAUUUCUUUUUUUCUUUCUUUCUUUCUUUCUUUCUUUCUUUCUUUCUUUCUUUCUUUCUUAAUGGAAUUGAUCUCCGUUCUUUUUUAUUCGUUCUUUUUCUUUCUUAGCUUUCUUUUGUUUUCUUUCUUUUUUCUUUUCUUUCAUAAUUCCAUUCAUGUUCUUUCUUUCUUAACGAAAUUCAUCUUCUUUUUCUUCUUUCUUUCUUUCGUAAUUACAUCCAUUUCCAUUCUUCCUUUAUGUCAUUCCAUUCCUUCCUUUCUUUAUGCCAUUCCUGUUAUUUCUUUCUUAAUGUCAUUCACAUUCUUUCUUUCUUUCUUAAAGCCUUUGACCUUCUCUUUCUUUUUUCUUAUUGCCAUAUUCUUUCUUUGUUAUUGUCAUUCAUUUUUAUUCUUUUUUACCCAUUCAUGUCCUUCCAUUUCUCUUGAUAGCAUUCAUUUUCUUGCGUUCAUUAUAAAUUGCAUUGAUCUUCUUCAUUUCUGUCUAUCUUUCUUAAUGACAUUCAUGUUCAUUCGUUCACUCAUGUUCUUUUUAUCUCUAUGUCAUUCAUAUUUUUCUUUUUUUCUUUUUUUUACUUUCUUAAUGAUAUUCAUUUCUUUCUUUCUUUUUUUGACUUUCAUUCAAGGUCUUUCUGCCAUUCAUUUCCUUUCUUUUUUCAUUCUUUCUUAA